GCGUUGCGAAGCUCAUUGAUAUCACAUAUCGGACAAGUGCAUUCAACAUACAUACGUAACUGACAGAUCUGUACACCUAGGUGAUUGGAACAAGCCAAUGUUCUCCCGACUCGAAAGGCAGCGCGAUAUACCGGAGGUCUUUGAGUCUGCAAAUUUCUUUGGACGGUCACAUAUCAAGAAGUUAAAUCUGAGACAGCCAGCGGAGAGCUUGGUCGACUAUGCAGUAUGGCUGCUAGAGCGGAGAAUUUCGAAGGACAUGCUCGCUCGGGAGAUCUUCGAGCAAGUCAGUAUCUGAAAAAUCCGCAUGCCUGGAUAGAUAGGCCAGGCCGAACAGGAGGGUUAGACUGAUAAACACUAGGGAAGGCCUUGUUGCUUUGAAUCGAUAACUAUUGACAACUCUAGAUAUAACUGUGCAAUAUCUUUUCGCUAA